UGACAUGGCCACUUUGACAGCAGACAGCACAACCAUACCAGCAGGGGGCAGUGUGACACUGACCUGUGAUGUGAAGGAAUCUGCUGCCUUAAAAUAUGAGUGGUUCAGACAAACAUCAUCUGAAGAAAAGUCCAUAAUAACUGAUGAAUCAGGCAGAGUGAUCUCUGUGUCUGAAGGAGGAAAUUACACCUGUAGAGCUGAAGGGAAAAAUAUCAUAAUGACAGAAAGUGACUCAGUCACAAUUCAGGAAACUGUUCGUAGCAGCAUCACAGUGAAACUGCAGCACAGCUGGUCUCAGAUAUUCACUAGUGAGACAAUCACUCUCAGAUGUGAGAUUCAGGGAGGUGAAGGAAAGGUGUGGAAAUAUGAAUGGACAGCACCCAACACAAACAGCCCUCCAACAUCCAGUGAAUACAGGAUCAGCAGAGUUUCAGUGUCCCACAGUGGAGACUACAGAUGUCGGGGUAGCAGUGACUAUCUCUUAACAGGAUGGAGUGAUGCCUUCAGACUGACAGUUUCAUCAAGUAAACCCAGAGCCACACUGACAGCACACAGUUCAGUCAUACCAGCAGGGGGCAGUGUGACACUGAGCUGCUCUGUGGAGGGCUCUGCUGGCUGGAAGUUUGACUGGUUCAGACGUGAUUCAGAGUUUUCUGGAGCUCAGAAAAUAGGAGCUGGAACAUCAGAGCACACUAUCAGUAUUUCAGAAGGAGGCAUCUAUUACUGCAGAGGAGGGAGAGGAGAUCCAGUUUUCUCCACAGAGGACAGUGCUCCAGUUACAAUUCAGAAACAAGUUUUGGCUGCUGUGAAACUGCAGCACAGCUGGUCUCAGAUAUUCACUGGUGAGACAAUCACUCUCAGAUGUGAGAUUCAGGGAGGUGAAGGAAAGGUGUGGAAAUAUGAAUGGACAGCACCCAACACAAACAGCCCUCCAACAUCCAGUGAAUACAGGAUCAGCAGAGUUUCAGUGUCCCACAGUGGAGACUACAGAUGUCGGGGUAGCAGUGACUAUCUCUUAACAGGAUGGAGUGAUGCCUUCAGACUGACAGUUUCAUAUAAACCCAGGGCCACACUGACAGCAGGAACAACAAUCAUACCAGUAGGGGGCAGUGUGACACUGACCUGCUCUGUGCAGAGCUCUGAUGGAUGGAAAUAUCAGUGGUUCAGACGAACCCAAAGAUACUAUGAAGUUCAAGCCAGAGAUCAACAAAACAGAGUUAUCAGAGUAUCUCAAGGAGGAAUCUACAGCUGCAGAGGAACAAGAGGAAACCCAGUUUACUACACUCUUAUAAGUGAUGAUGUCACCAUUUGGAUAACCUUUUCCAAUAAAGUUGUUGUAAAACAACAACCCAACUGGCCUCAGAUAUUCAGAGGUGAGACGAUCACUCUGACAUGUGAGGUGCAGGAAGGAGGUGAAACCACUGAGUGGGAGUAUGAAUGGAGAGGACCCAGGACACCCACACAGUGGACACACAAUAAUGAUGUGACAUUCAGAGUUUCUGAGUCCAGCAGUGGAGACUACAUGUGUAAGAGUCGACGCAGAGAUGACUCAUAUUCUUCAACAGAGUGGAGUGAAGCCUUCACAUUGUCAGCAUCAAACAAACCAAAGGCCAAACUGAGAGCUGAUAACACAGCUGUUCCAGUAGGGGGCAGUGUGACCCUGACCUGCUCUGUGAACCCAUCAUCAUCAUCUGGAUGGAAAUACUACUGGUACAGAGAUGAGAAAUCCUCUGAAGCCCUGACCACACAAGAUGCAGUUUUCCACUCAAAUGGACAAAUCAGUGUCUCACAGGAAGGACUCUACAGGUGCAGAGGAGGAAGAGGAAACCCAGUUUACUACACAGAGGACAGCCAAGAAGUUCAGAUUAACACAACUGUAACUGUGUCAGGAGCUGACAGCUCUUCAUCUCCUGUGUGGUUGAUUGUUGGACUGGUUUGUGGAGUCUCUCUCAUUAUUAUUCUCCUGCUCUUGUUGUAUCGCUGCAGACAGUCCAAGUAUUCCUGCUUCACCAGGUGGAUCCAGUCUGAGAGUCACAGUCCGGGCUCCUCCACAAAUCAUGGAGUCAACCAGAAUGAAACUCAUGAAUACAACUCUCUUCAUCCUGGUGCAGAUGAACCCCAAGACGUCACAUACUCUCUUAUUACACUUCAUAACUUUGGAAAGAAGAGGAAGCAUCAUAAACCAGAGCAGAGUGCUGUUUACUCUGAGGUGAAGACGGGAGCUGCAGAGGACAGUCUGAUGUAUGCUGAGGUCAAACAGCCCAAAAAAGAAAAAGCCAAGAAAAACAAAGGAAAAUCAAGUCCUGCAGCUGAUGCAGCAGUUUAUUCUGAAGUCACAUCAGGAAGCUCUCUCAGUCAGUGAGGAGAGCUGUAGCAGCAAAGCCAAGAAGAAGCUUUUUAUGAAGCCACUCUUGCUCCUCUGCUCCCCAAAUA